CCUCGUCAUACGAGAGCGCAUAAAUCGGAUAUGAAUACGGUCUGGCAUGUGUAUUAAAAUACUGACUGACGUGCCUCCUCGAUUCGUGCUCGUUCCGUUCCCUGAGAAUCAGUCCUCCAGAGCGCUCCCAGAGACUUCUAAAACUCGACGCGGACGAUCGGGGCGCCACUCGAGCGCCGAUUUCAAUGGUAAGGUCACGGGUCGUAGAGUCAGUGCUUCUACUAUUGCAACUCGCCAUGCUGUGUCUUUGCGUAGAUAUUGGUACCGAAGAGUUGAGCAUAGAGGAAUAUGGUUCAGGGAUGUCCGACGAUCGGAAAGCAGUGUAUCCAGGCGCAGGUACUGGGUAGAGGGACGGACUAGGGAGUAUUUGAAGAGAAGCCGUGGUCAUGUUGAGUCCUGGAUGAUGCGAAGAACACGACGACGAAGGCAGGCUAGAUGCCGUAGAGCCGGGUUUGGAAGUUGUCGGUAUCAUUGGCAAAGGUCUUGCCGUCGUUAUCAUGGAUGUCAAGGAAGCAGCAAUGGCGCUGGUCGGCGGUAAAUACAAUGGACGCGCGCCGGCCGUAGCUCGAGAUAUCCCUGCAUCCGCAGAUCGCGUAUCGUCUAUUUUAAAG